CAAACAGAAUAAUUUCAAUAAUCAUUUUUAAAAAAUUUUGAAGAAAUAAGUUCCUAAAUAGGUACUAAAUUGACCUUAAGUAUUUAAUAUUUAUUAGUUUUAACAAAAAAAAUUCGAUGGAAGUUAAAUAGAUGUGUAAAAGACAGAUAUUUUGUAAUUUUUGUAUUACUGCCAUUUUACUGGAAAAUAAAAAAAGUUUGUUCGGAGUAAAAGAAUAGAAUUUGCAAAACAGAUUUGCCGGCUUUUUUCUAUGCUUGAAGAGUGAAAUACGUCUACAUUUUAUCGAUUUACAAAAAAAUUUGAUUAAUGCUAACGAACGGCGUGACCUUUGCUAUUAAACAAAAAAUUACAAUACAUUUGAUUGAAUUCAUAAAAUUGUAACUAAAAAUCUUAUUAAAAGUGAUUACAAUCAUUUCUCUUUAAAUAUGGAUUCCUCAGGCGAUCCUAUUGAAAUUAUAGAAAAUUCUGAUGGUGAAAAAAACACAGAAAAAAAAUCAGAAGAAAUAGUAAAAGAACAAGAAAUUAUAAAAAAUGCGUGUGAGAAUGACAAUGUUGAAAUUACUAGUGAACUUACUGAAGCAGGGAAAGAACCGGACAAUAAAAAUUUGAUUGAACCUAAUGUUGAAGAUUUAGAAAAAGAAGAAGAUUUUCAAUUAUUAAUCUCAGAUGAAGAGCCUGCUCCACAAAUAAUAGAUGAAAAUCUUGUAGAAACUAUAGAACCAGAGAGAUUAGUUCCAGAUGAAAUGGGAAAAAAAGAUGAAAACAAUUUUGAGGAAAAAAGAAAUUUAUUAAUGGAAUGUGGGGUUUUAGAAAUCGUUGAUGAUAAAGAAACGUCCAAUAUGGGCGAAAACCAACAAGACAUAGAAAUGGAUCAAAAUAUAGAAGAAAGUUUGCCGGUUGAAAUAGUUAAAAGUCAAGAAGAUUUAAUUGUUACAGAUAAUACUUUAUGUGAUGUUUCUUUAGAAAAACAAAAUAUUAUGACAAUUGACGAAAAUGCAAUUGCAAAUGACGAAGAAGCUGCACCCAAUAUUGUAGAACAAGAUGAAUGUAUCGAAGAAACUGAUUUAAAACCAAGUACUAAAGAAGAAGAUAUAAGUAUAUCUGUAAAUGUGGAAAAGGGUGAAGAAAAAGAAAUUUGCGUGGAAAAAGAGAUUGAAAUUGACAAUUCCACAAUCGCAGUUGAAUGUUUGGAUGAAAAACUCAAAAAUGAAGAAAAAAAUGGGGAUUUAAUCACAGAAGAAAAAAUUAAAGAGUUUACUGAAAUGGUCUCAAAAGAUGAAACAAAUCUAAUUGAAGAAAAAGAUGUGAAUCUCGAUGAGAAGUCUGUAGCAGUUGAGCUUGCAGAAGUAAAGGAUACCAAACCGGAAAAUGAAACUGAAAAUGAAUUAGAUGAAGAAAAUGAAAAACAUACUCAAGAUAACGUUGAAAUUAUUAAUAAAAGUGAUGACAAUAAAAAAGUUCCUUUAGAAGGAAUCAUAAUUCCCUCUGAUGAUGAUGACGAUGAAGAAAAUAAUGAUGUUAAUGCUCGUGAUAAUGAAAAAGAAAAUAAUCAAAUUAAUUAUGGAGAAGAGAAAGAAAAAUACGAUGACCAAAAAGCAGAUGAUGAUCAAGAAGAUGAAUAUGAUACAGAAGAUUCAGAAUCUGAUGAUACAGAUCAUGAUGAUUCUGAUGAUGAUGAUGAAGAAGACGAUGACGAAAAAGAAGAUAAUGACAAUGAUAAUAUAAAAAGUAAACAAAUCAAAAUAAAGAAAACUUCACAAAAUAUUUAUGAUGAUGAUGUGACAGAAGAUGAGGAUGAAGAUGAUGAUGUUGAUGAUAAUGAUUUAGAAGAGGAGGAAGAAGAAGCAGAAGAAGAAGAACAAGAGUAUAAUUCUGCAAAAAAGAAACCGAAAAUUGAAAAAACUGAAGAUGAUGAUGAUAUUAUGAUAUUAUCCUCAGAUGAUGAUGAAAAACCUCCACCACAAAUAGAAAUUAAACCAUCAACAUCUGGAAUUUCAAUGAAAUCACAAAAACCUAAACAUGAAGAGAAUAAUAUCAAUGAACUUAAUCAAUGGGAUGAAGAUGAUGAUAUGGAUAGUGAUGAUUAUGAUGAUGAUGAUUUAAUGAAUGAUGUUGUUAUGGCAACUGCAAUGCGUAAAGUUUCAGCUGCUGGAGAAAUAUUUCAUAGAAAGAGUAGAAGAAUUGAUGGAAUAAAAUUAAGUAAACAAAUUCGUUUUAAAAAGAAGUUAAAAAGAUCAAUAAGACAAAUUGAUUAUAGGAGUAAAGUCAAAAAUCGAUCAAUAAAAUGGUAAGUCCAUCAUUAUAAAGUACUAGUUUUUUUUUUUUGUUAACAAUAUGGAAAAAAAAUAUUCCGUGACAG